AUGGCCUGGUCAAAGUCAUUCAUUCUUUUGCUUGCUGCUUCAAGCAUUACUAGCGUUCAGGCUGGACCUUGUAAGCCUCGUCGCUCGCCAACUUAUACUGUACCACCUUACAGUGUACCUACAUAUCCUGUUCCCCAGUCUUCCACCACGAAGACUGGAACUCUCGUUUCUUCAACUACCACUGGUAGUUCUACUAGUUCCCAUGGUCCAACUUUGGACUCGAGCACUACGUCUUCCACUCAUUCCAAGACCUCUACUACUGAGUCUACUAUCUCUAUCAGUACUGGAAAGUCUUCAACUACCUCUCAUGGAUCCUCCAUGAGCACCACAACUACACCAUGUAGCACUUCUUCCAUGUCGUCUAUGUACUCUGUCACUACCACAACCAACAGUCACAUCACAACAUCCAAAAUCAGCACAGAAACAUCCAAGGACACGUUAACCACCACGAAGGAAACCUCUACCACAACAGAGGGCAAAACUUCCACUCUUUCAACAACUACUAGUGCUUCUAGCACAACCUAUCAGACUUAUACUACAACAUCUACUCCAUGCUCCAGCAGCACUGGAACUUCUACACUCUCUACAACUUCUGAGGCUUCGUCCACAUCACAUACAGAAACCAAACCAUCUGAGACUACGAGCGUGACCACCGCUUCAUCCACUACAGAAUCUGAAUCUACAAAGGAAUCGACUUCCUCGAACUCUCACAGCAGCUCAGCUUCAAUGAGUACCACUGUCACACAAGACACCACAGCUUCUUCAAGCACUACCUCAGAAUCUUCUACUCUCAGCUCUACAGAAACUGAAAGUACGACAACAGAAACAAGUAGUCAAACUUCCCAGACAGGGUCACCGGCAACAACAUCGCCUUGCACUAGCUCCGAGACAUCUCAAGCAUCCUCAGCUACAAGUGAGGUUUCUUCCACUACAGAGAGCUCAUCUAUAUACGAAACAUCUAAGACAACAGAAUCUUCAGGAACUACUUCGCCUUGCUCAACUUCUGGUAUGUCAACGUCAUCUGGAAGCUCUACAGCCUCUACUAGCGGGACUACAACUUCCGAAUCUUCAGUUACCUCAGAGACAUCAACUUCUUCGGUGCCUUGCACGUCCUCUACGAUAUCAUCUCAGUCUUCCGCCAGUUCAACAAGCGAAACAAGUAGUUCUGCUGCUUCAACUUCUACACCCUGCACAACCUCAACAGUGUCUUCCGAGACCUCUUCCAGUUGGACAUCAAGUGAAACUAGCACUUCGGACACUUCGACCUCUCCGUCUUCAGGGUCAACUACAUCUGAAGCUUCCUCCUCCACCACUCCAUGCGAGACCUCUUCUUCCACUGUCUCCAGCACAGCAUCUCAUUCCGAAUCUUCUAGCACUACACUACCUUGCGAAACUACCAUAACGUCUGGUUCAUCUACCACAUCUCAUGAGUCAUCAACAUCGUCACCCUGCUCGACUUCUACAGUUAGCUCUGAGUCUUCGUCAAGCUCAUCAACAUCUUCAUCUUCCACUACUCCGUGCACCACCUCAACCAGCACAUCGCCAACAACAUUCUCAAGCACGACAUCCACCAAGUGCUCGACAACCACAUCUCCUCCCCCACGCCCAACUUGCUUCCGCUACACUAUUCGCAAGGAUCCACCUCAGGCUGCUGACUGCGGCCACACCGGUCAUCGCAAUGGCAACAAGGCCAAGGUCCUUGGGUACGGUGACUCAGACAGUGUGGAGGCGUGUGGAGAGAGCUGUGCCAAGUUUGAUGGCUGCAAAUCUGUCGUUUACGGUUACAGAGAGCAUGACUUGAACCAGCCUUUCUGUGAAUUUGUCGAUGCGGUUCAGGGGCGCGAUGACGAGGAUGAUACCCCUUGGCAGUGGUAUGACUUGUCUUGUUUCAAUCCGGACUGUCUCCCUCCGAAUGAGUGUGGUUAUUAG